AUGGACAACUCUAAGGAAGGUGGCUCAGUGCAUAGACCACCUAUUCUGGAUGGCACAAACUUUGAUUAUUGGAAGGCACGUAUGACAGCGUUUCUGAAGUCCAUCGACAGCAAGACAUGGAAAGCAAUUGUGAAAGGGUGGAAGCAUCCUGUGAUAACACCCAAGGAAGGGGAAACAUUAACUGAGGGUGGAAAAUUGAAACCUGAGGAAGACUGGAACAAGGAUGAAGAUGAAAAAGCUCUGGGAAAUCACAAAGCUCUAAAUGCUAUAUUCAAUGGUGUGGAUAAGAACAUGUUCAGAUUGAUUAACACAUGUACUGUGGCUAAAGAGGCAUGGGAUAUUCUCAAGACUGCUCAUGAGGGUACAUCCAAAGUCAGAAUGUCAAGGCUUCCAAUCCUAACCACUCAGUUUGAAAACUUGAAGAUGAAGGAAGAUGAAACUAUCACUGAUUUUCACAUGAAGCUGUGUGAUAUGGCAAAUUCAUCUUUUGCUCUAGGUGAAAGAAUGUCUGAGGAGAAGUUAGUAAGAAAGAUUCGGAGAUCACUCCCCAAGAGAUUUCAAAUGAAGGUUACUGCAAUAGAAGAAGCUCAAGAUAUAAGCAGUCUUAAGGUGGAUGAACUUAUUGGAUCCUUGAUGACCUUUGAACUGUCUCAGGAUGAUAAACCUGACAAGAAGCAUAAGAACAUAGCCUUUGUCUCAAACACUGAAGCAGAGGAUGAUCUAUCUGAGAAUGAAAGUGGUGAAUCAGUCUCUGAUACUAUAGCGUUUUUGGCCAAAAAAUUCAAUAAGGUGCUAAAAAGAUUGGAGAAGAGAUCAAAGCCAAAUGUGCAGGACAAGCGGUCUGACAAUGCCAAAGGUCAGAACUUUCAGCGUCGUGGUAAAGAUGAAGACAAUCAAAAUAAAACACGAGGAGUUCAAUGUCAUGAAUGUGAAGGCUUUGGUCAUAUCAGGUCAAAAUGUCCUACAUAUCUGAAGAAACAAAAGAAAGGGAUGAUCACUACAUGGUCUGAUGAGGAAUCUGAUGAAGAGAUUGAGGAAGAAAAAGCCAACAGAGUCAUGUCCUUCACUGUCAAGUAUGACUCAGGAGAUGAAGCCAGUGAUCUGGAAUUAUCUAAUGAAGAAUUGGGUGAAGCAUACAAGCUCUUGCUUAAACAGUGGGAAGAAUCGUGUGACUACGGUAGGAAGUUGGAAAUUAAAGUAAAAAAUCUGGAGAAAGAAAAAGAUAGUCUUCAUGUUUUUAAUAUUGACUUGCAAGAGGAAGUAUCUGUUUUAAAAUCCAAGAUUGAAGGCAUGGUGAAAUCAGUACGCAUGCUUAACAAAGGAACUUAUGUGCUGGAUUUUAUUCUGGAGAAAGGUAAGACAUCCAAAGACAUGAAAGGAUUGGGGUACAAUGAAGAAGCUGAUACCAACGAGACUAAGAGGAAGGCAACUGAAGUCAAGUUUUUUCUUGCUGAAGAUAAAUCUCCCUUCAGAAUGCCUAGUCAGAUGGUUCAUCAACCGGUUACCAAGGUACGUAAUCAAAUACCAUAUGUUUAUCAACACAAACCUCACAAUUAUCCUCAGGUGAGAAACUAUCAGAACUCAAGCUGGAGGUGUCAUUACUGUGGGAGAUUUGGACACAUAAGGCCUUAUUUUUUCAAGCUUUAUGGAUAUCCACAUUUCCAAGCUCAACUGAGUGCCAAGAAGAAGUAUACUUAUGUUAAGAGCAAGUGGAAGCACUCAUUGCGUACACAUCUCUUCGUGCAUCAUCAAGGGAAGAUUGGUACUUUGAUAGUGGAUGCUCCAAGCAUAUGA